UGGCCGCCCCGCGUGAGGCGCCGCUCCCGGAGGCUGGCGGGCGCACGGGGCUUCGCUGCAAAACCCCAGUAAGAGAAUGAGUGAGAGGGACGUACAGAGCUUCAGCAAAUGGGUUUUCCUGCUCACUCUCUGCCUUACGACGCUGUGGGGAAGACUGACGCUGGCCUCUGCCCACCACAGAAGCCAUGCAGCGCACGCGGAGCCCGGCACGUGUGAGGUGGUCGCUGCGCACCGGUGCUGCAACAGGAACAAGAUCGAGGAGCGCUCCCGCACCGUGAAAUGCUCCUGCUUGCCGGGGCAGGUGGCGGGGACGACGCGGGCGGCCCCGUCGUGCGUGGACGCCUCCAUCGUGCUGCAGAAGUGGUGGUGCCACAUGCAGCCCUGCCUCGAGGGCGAGGAGUGCAGGGUCCUGCCAGACCUCUCCGGCUGGAGCUGCAGCAGCGGCAACAAAGUGAAGACCACCAAGGUGACGCGGUAGCAUUGGGGACAGCGAGGACGUAGAGCGGGACGUCGCGGCGCUGAUCCCAGCCGGGAGGAGCCCUCGUGCUCCACGGAGCUGCCGCUGUUCCCAGUGCUCCGGAGUCCGGCCGCGCUCCUGCCGCACUUGCCAGCCGGGCGCGCCACCUUCCCGGGAACACCGCGCACCGCUGGCACCACUGCCAUCCUGCUCCGGAACGCCCUCGCGAGACUCCUGUCACUCCUGGAACCCUCCCCAUCAUGGACACGCUCACCGGGGCUCCUUUUCCAUCAUGGUAAAUAAGAUCCUCGAAUCGUGUAAGAGAUGUUGACACUUACAGAGGAAGACACCAGUCCCCAACACUGCUUCCUUCUUUCGUUUAGGUAAAGUGAUUGCUGUGAGAGUCGCCUUUCCCCAUCUCCAGGAUCCUGAACCAGUGUCACCAUCUGGAAAUUAGGACUUUGCAUCCAUACAGAGUCCUGUCCUGUUUCUAGCCCUGCUGGGUUCCUGGGACAAGUGUGUGCUCUGGACCUGGUCCCGCUGUCCUCGCGCACGGUCCCGCUGCCGUGGGUCGCGUUGUGUCCUCCU